AUGGGUGCUGGACAAGAAAAUGAGUGUCGGCGUUACAAAUUGUCGGCUGAAGUUCGCGAGAAGGCCCAAAAGGUCUUGGCACAUUUCCAGUCCAUUCAGGCGGCUGCUUCACCCGAGGAGUUGCAACAAGCUAUGGCGAUCGUUGCAGAGAGACAGAAACAGGCAAAGAUGUCAGCGGCUUCCACUGUCCCGGCAAACCAGGACGAAAGCAGUCAGGGCUCGCCGGCCGUGGCCACCGGUACCGUCUCACGACAAGCCCAUGCUGCUGACACGGAG